CUCAGUAUCUACGGGGUGGCAACCGUCAUCUACAACCUAUUCUUCCAUCCAUUACGCAGAUACCCAGGACCGAAGUUAUGGGCAGCUACACCUCUACCCGCAGCAAUCAACAUCCUCCUAGGCAACCCCCACCUCACCAUUCUCGAUCUGCAUAAGCGCUACGGCGACGUCGUCCGCGUGGGACCCAACGAAUUGGCACUUGCACACGCCGAUGCAUGGAAAGACGUCUGCGGACACCUCAAGCGCGGACAAGACGAGAAUGGGAAAGACCCAAAAUACGGAAAAGAAGAGAUGGACAAGAGCCUCAUUUCAGCAUCGCGA